ACCUCUCUCUCUCUCUCCUCUCUCUCUCUCCGCUCUCAGUGUCGUUGUACAAAACUCUUCUGCGAAACCCUAGAUUCUCUGAAUUUCAAAAAUUCAAUCCUGAACUCACAAUCUCCCUCUCUCUCUAUUGGAGCUCCAAUCCACUGCGCGCUUCUUCUCCUUCUCUCGAUCUCCUCUCCCCCUCCCUCCAACUUCCUCACUUUUCGAUGGCGGAGGGCAAGCUCGAUCUGCCCGACGAUCUCCUCUCCUCCAAACCCUCCGAUCAGUCCUGGACCUCCAAAGUUGAAGCCUCUGGAGGAAAUGAUGAAGAAAAGGUGCUUAUUGGGUCAUCUGAUGACUUGAAAGAUCCAGCUGCCUCAGAGAGCAUACCUUUGUCCCCCCAGUGGCUUUAUGCCAAACCCAGUGAGUCUAAGUUGGAAAUGCGCGGCCCAAGUUCCCUUGGAAACUCUACUGAUAGCAACCAGAAGGAAGGUUGGCGUUUGGAAGGAUCUGAUGACAAAAAAGAUUGGAGGCGGCCUGCCACUGAAAGUGAAAGUAGCCGUCGCUGGCGUGAAGAGGAAAGAGAAACUAGCUUGCUUGGUGGCAGAAAAGACCGAAGGAAACCAGAACGCCGUGUCGACAGUGUUCCAGUGAGAGACACAACUGACAAUAGGGCACUGCCUGCAUCUGAAAGGUGGAAUGAUGGCCGUACUUCUGCACAUGAAGCACGGCGUGAUAGCAAAUGGUCAUCAAGGUGGGGUCCUGAAGACAAAGAAAAGGAGACUCGAACUGAAAAGAAAACAGAUAUGGAGAAGGAAUAUGCUCACAGUAACAGUGACAAUCAAUCCCUUGGAGGUAACAACCGUUCAGCUUCUGAGCGUGAGUCAGAUUCUCGGGAUAAAUGGAGGCCACGCCAUAGGGAUCUUCACUCUGGUGGGUCAAAUGCUUACCGUGCUGCACCAGGAUUUGGACUUGAAAAAGGACGGGUGGAGGGUUCAAAUUUGGGAUUUACCAUUGGAAGAGGGAGGGCAUCUGGUGUCGGGAGAUCAUCUGCAGGUGUUAUUGGCUCUGCUCCUUCUGGAAAAAGUGAAAGUGUUCCUGGGAAACCUAGGCACUCAGCUGAUAGUUUUUGCUACCCAAGGGGAAAGCUUCUUGACAUUUAUCGCCAGCGAAAGCUUGAUCUAUCUUUUGCUACCAUGCCAGAUGAGAUGGAAGAAUCGCCUCCUACAACUCAAGUGGGCUUUGUGGAGCCAUUAGCUUUUCUUGCCCCCGAUGGUGAAGAGGAGGCCAUCCUCAGUGAUAUAUGGAAGGGAAAGAUUACAAGUAGCGGGGUAAUAUACAAUUCAUUUAGAAAGGGAAGAUCAACUGAAAACAAUACAGGUGGCGGAGACUUGGAAGCUGUUGAUGGAGUUCUGGGUAUUUUGCCCUCGAGCAUCACCGAAGAGACGAACAAUAUCUUGCAGGAUUCUGCAAAUGCUGAUGAUUAUGGGACUUCAUGGAAUUCUGGUGCACAAAGGAAUGUGGUAGAUGAAAAAGAUGUCAAUCAUAAAGAAUGGGAAACCAAAUCUAGCGCAGAAAAGGACCUUGAUGGAUUUUCUCAAACAUUUCGGAAAAGUAAUGGUAUCUGCAGUGACGUUGAGACUGAUGGUGGCAGUAGGAAAAAUGAAGAUUCUUUUUUAUACGGCCAUUCUUUGUCGAAUGACAUUGAGUUUGCAACUUCUGACUUAAGAUCAAAACUUCACGAUGGUUCAAAUACUCUCUACGCUUUUGGCUCGUCUGAGCAGAAUCUGAAUAAUAAUUCUCGGGUGAAAGAGUUAGAAAGGGAUGUCCCUCCUGAGGAUUUAUGUUUGUAUUACCUUGAUCCUCAAGGGGCGGUUCAGGGACCAUAUUUGGGGGUAGACAUUAUUUCAUGGUUUGAACAAGGGUUUUUUGGGACAGACUUGCCUGUUCGAUUGGCGGAUACUCCUGAAGGAACACCUUUCAUGGAAUUGGGGGAGGUCAUGCCGCAUCUGAAAGUUUGGGAUGCGCAAGGGAAUAUUGUAAAUCCAACUUCUCAUAUAGAAGAAUCAAGUGGCUCCUUAGGGAAUAUAGAGUCUAGCUUACCUUCUUCCGCUCCAGUUUCAGAAAUGACUACAUUAGUGGUGAAUGACUUACGGCGGCCAUUGACUGAUCUAAAUAGCCUUUCAACUCUGCAUAUUCAACCUAGAAAUUCUGAUCCUGAAGCUCCACUACAACUGCCACAUUCAACGGCUCAAAGCUUUAAUGAUUUUUAUGCAGAAGAUGAAGAUAUUGUGUUUCCAGGAAUACCUGGAACCACCGGCUAUUCUACUGCAAGAUCUUCUGGAACCAUUCAUGAUUCUAUUGAAAAUUCUAUUGGCCACCUUCCUUCUCCAACUGAGCUGACAGAAUCUGGUGUGCCUAUUCAGAAUGAUGACAAGUUGCACCCCUUUGGCUUGCUUUGGUCUGAGUUAGAAGGCGGUCAAACAAAACAAGUCAAGCCAGCCAAUAGGCCUUCGAACAUGGGGAGGGCUGUUCCAUUUAGUGGAAUUUCUGAUACAGCGAUUCUUGCUGAGACAUGGUCUGAUGUUCAUAGAAAAAAUGCAGUCUCUGAUUCAAACCUGUAUCAAGACAUGGUAGCCCCUCGUCAAUUGGCACACAUGGAACAGGAACCCAGUCAUUAUGAUUUAGCGGAGCAGCUUAUGUCACAGCAAAUUCGACAGCAGCAGCUCCAACAGCGGAAUAUGUUGUCUAGCUUUGGACACUUGAAUGAUGCAGCAUUAGAGCAUUUGCCAAGUCAGAAUCUUAUCCACCAACAGUUAGCCAACCAUUCUUCAGCAGAUCUGGAUCAUCUUUUGGCACUUAAGAUGCAACAGCACCGGGAGGCUCAGCUCCAGCAACAUCAGCAACUGCAACAGCAGCAGUUUCAUCAACAGCAGAAGCUUUUACAGGAGCAACAGCAGUCCCAAGUGCAACAGGUGCUUCUUGAACAACUACUGCGUGGUCAAAUGCAUGAUCCUGCGCUUAGGCAGCCACACGUUGAUCCUGUCAGAGCAAACAACGUUCUUGAACAGGUUCUAUUAGAGCAGCGCCUUAUGCAUGAACUCCAACAAAGGUCUCACCAUUUUCCGAGGCAUGUUGAUCCAUCUUUGGAGCAGCUUGUCCAAGCGAAGUUUGGUCAGUCACCACCACAAGCAGAUUUUCUUGAUCUACUGUCUCGUGCGCAGCAUGAACAAAUUCAAUCACUGGAACAUCAGAUGCAAGCCAGGCAGUUACCAACGGGGAUGAGACAGAGGAUGGAAGACGACAGACAUGGUGGUUCUGUCUGGCCAGCCGAUGAAUCAAAUCAGUUUUUGAGGACCCAUGCUGGUGCUCAGCGAGCUCACUCUUCCGGAUUUAGUCCUUUAGAUUUUUAUCAGAGGCAACAGAGGCCAUCCCAUGAGGAGCAGCUUAGCCAACUCGACCGUAAUCUUUCAUUGCAGGAUCGACUUCAGCAAGGGUUUUAUGAGCCUGGCUCUCAUCCGUUUGAGCGGUCUAUGUCACUGCCUGGGGCACAAGGGAUGAACUUGGAUGCUAUAAAUGCCAUGGCUCGUGCUCAGGGCUUGGAUAUGCAGGAUUCCCUUGGACGGAUGCCAUCGGGUGGUCAAUUGGGAACAUUUUCAUCUGGCAUCCAUUCUCAUAAUCCUCAUCACCCUCUUCCUAACCAAUUUCAUGCUUCACAUUUGGAUGCAAUUGAGGGUCACUGGCCCGAGAAGAAUGAACAGCUAGAAAAUGAUUGGAUGGACUCUCGGUUUCAGCAGUUGCAUAUUAAUGCUGAGCGGCAGAAAAGGGAGUCAGAGAUCAAUAUUCCUUCUCAGGAUCGAGGUUUAUGGAUGUCAGAUGGAUUGAAUGAAGAGCAUUCAAAGAGACUAUUGAUGGAGUUACUCCAUAAAAAAUCAGCCCAUCAACCUGCUGAGUCAUUGAAUGUCAACAAUGGCUUGUUCUCUGAUAAAAGGCCUUCAUCUGGCAUGUACUCUGGUUCAAGCUCUUCAAGUCACCCAUUCAGUCUUCAUUCAGACCAAGAAGCAGGUCUAAAUAAUUCAUUUCGAGUAGGAUCGUACGGUUCAAAUCAUAUGGAGCUCCCACUGGAAGAGCGGGCCAGCAGCAUGGAAAGCAAUGAAAAGUUGGUGUAUAGAUCUGAUUCUGGAGCAUUGGUUGAGAGAGAGUCAUUCUUGGCUGGCAUCAAUGCUACGAGUCAGCCGAUUUACACAAAUUCUAACAUGAUUAGUAAGUCUUCUAUCAGUAAAGAGGUUUCGGAGUUGGAGGGAAGGAAGCGUGGGAUGAAGAAUGAGGGGAUCAUUAGGGGACAAGGGUUUGACACUCAAGAACGAAUGGUUGAACAAGCAGGGUUGGCUGCUCCAGAUUAUGAGGAGAGGUCAGCAAAUUCCCUUAACAUGCGUUCGUCAUCUGGUGUUUCAGGCUUUCAUAGCGACAAGAUUGGCCGAAGUAAUUCAUUUGCCGAAGAAACAACCAGGGAUCGGGUUCCAGCCCCAUCCAAAACUCAAGAUAAUAUUCUGCUGAGACGACCUCCUGUCUCAAGCGCUUCAGCAUCCCACGAAGGAUUGUCAGAACUGAUCUCUAAUCCAGUCUUCCGAGGAAAAAGUGCAAGUGCCGCUCCAGAUGGGGGGAGGCAAGACCCCGUUGUUCAUCCAGUAAACCAAGGUCCAGAUGCCUUGCCGUCAUCUUCAAAGAAAGAAAUGCAAUUUCGCCGUACUUCAUCCGCCAGCGAUUCUGAUGUGUCAGAGGCUUCAUUUAUGGAUAUGCUUAAGAGUAAUACCAAGAAGCUGGCUCCGACGGAUGCCCAUGCAACGGCGGGAGAAGAUGCAAUGCAAGGGAACCGGAGUGGCAAAAAGAAGGGAAAGAAAGGGAGGCAAAUCGAUCCUGCCCUCCUUGGUUUUAAAGUUACCAGCAACCGGAUAAUGAUGGGCGAAAUCCAUCGCAUAGAUGAGUAGGCCCGUUUAUUGUGUAAUUUAUGUGUAAAUCUCCGUUUCAUCAUAGUCUCGUAUAGGUUUAGAACACUCGAUGUAAAGCAUCUCCGGGUGAAAAUUCUUUUAUUUUUUCUCCCCGUCCAUAAAGAUCGAUUGAUCAGCGAUCUGGAUUUCAAGGAUGGCGAUCCAAUGAUACAUCUGUAUAAAUGGAAAUUAAAACGUAGUCGAAGUUGGGAUAAUAUCAGUAUGAUUACCGUCA